AUGGCUGACCGGCGUAUGUGCGUGUUGUCCCCUGGCGUGCAUGGCGCGCAGUUCGACGACCAGGUGUGGGAGCAAUUCGAGGACUACGACGAACUCGCCGCGCCGCACGCUCACAGGGACGCCGCGGGUGUCGUUGACGCCAGCUGCGACGCGUCGCACGCUGCGAGACUGCGACAGGUCGAGGUUGGAGAAACUGACGGCGGCCGCAAGGACCUGUCGUCCGGCCGCUUGGUUGACGGCCCGCGAGAGGCGCGCGAGUUGGCAGGCUGCGAGGGACAAGGGGACGCGCGUGGCUUGAACGGAUGGGGGGAGCAGCAGGGGGAUGGGAGGGUGAAUGGCGCUGGGGAUAGCGUUGGCAUGGGCAAACACAGUCCUCAUGCGCGCGCGGACCAUAGCGCCGCUUGCGCCUUCCCGCGCGCCGAGCUACCAAGCUCCCCGGACAGGCAAGGCGGGGCUUGCGCGGACGCGAUGGCGGACGGCAUGGCAAGUGAGCCAUGGGGUCACGAGCACGCGAGCCACGUGGAUGAGCUGAUGAGGUGGGUCAGCACUGACGUGGCACUGAUGCGUUGUGCUCCUGAUGUCAGAGUUGCUUGCCGGAAUAUCCGUUCUCUUGUCCGCAUGUCCCACCUGACCUUACCCUCCCGUCUGCCUCGCGCUGCCCGCAGGUCGGCCUACGGCACGGACGCGCUUUCUUUUCCCUCCGCGGACCUUCUUCCCCUCCCCUCCGCGGACCCUCCCUCCCCCUCCUCCGCGGACGCGCUCCCCCAUCUCACGCGCGCCGACCUGCACUCGUGGUGGGGCCCCGCCUCCGAUCCCUCCGUGCCGCUGCCGCCCGCGCCCGCGCUGCUCGAUGCCGCCUGCGCCUUCCCCUCCGCCGGCGCCACCGACGAGCGUUGCCGCGAGGAGGAGCGGCGGACGGCGCAGGUGUGGGCGGUGGAGGAGCUGGAGGCGGAGCACGAGGAGGGGGGCGACCACGCAAGAUGGGGGGAGAGGGCGGAGGGGGAUGGAGGGGCGAAGGCGGAAGGCGCUGUUGUAUCCGACGCGGACAGCGAGGGGGCAACGAGAGCAGGGUAUUCGAGCAAUGGUGCGGCUGCUGCUGCGACACACGCGUGUGUCACACAGGCCCACAGCUGCGCCCCGCGCACGGCAGCGGCGGACGGCGCGCCGUCGAGGGAGGGUGGCUCCAGCGCCGCGCGUGCUGCGAGCGUGAGCAGCGGGGCGGCAGCAGAGACUGGCGCGCCCGGCGGCUCAAGCCCUGGUGGCUCCUCGCGCUGCCUCUCGCAGGCGAGGCGGAGAGCCGCAACGCGCAGGAGGAGGGAGGGCGAGCAGCGCACCACGGCGUCCAGGAAGCUGCCCCUCGGCCAGCACGCCGUGCCCUUCCCCUCGCUGCCGCACCACUUCCCCAACUACUGCCCGCCCUUCUUCGCCCCGCACGCCCCCCUCGCCCCGCACAUGUCCGCUGCGCCGCUCCUGCCCCUCGCCUCAAGCCAGCCCGCCAGUGCUCGCGCUGCCUCCGCCGCUCCCACUCCCUCGCCCGCGCCUUACCUCUACUCUCGCCCGCCCUCCCACGCCCUCCCCAUCCCUCCCUGCCCUGCGCCCACGCAUCUCUUCCGCUACUUCCCCCCCGCGCAUCUGCCCCGCCUCCCCCACUUCCCCAACUACCCGCUUACCUCGCAGCCGCUGCUGCCCGCCUUCCCUUCCCGCCUCCUGCCUCCCGCGCACCCCUGCGCGCCGCCUCAGCGCCCCCCAGUGCGCGCCACGCCGUCGCCACCCGCCGGUGCUCUUAGCGCCGCCGCAGCUGCGGCCUCACCCCACGCUGGUACAGGCGCCGUGCCCGAGGCUCGUGCACGCACAGCGGGGGCGGCAGGGGCGGUAGGGACGGCGGGGGCUACAGGGAUGGCAGGGACGGGAAGCACGACCGUGGGGUCUGUAAUGCAGGCGAGGGCAGCGGCGGAGCAGCAGAAGCAGCAGCAGGCGCUGGGGCACGCCAUGUUCGCCCUCCACCAGCAGCGCACGCCGUUGCUCCAGCAGCAGCAGCACGGCGCUCAGACACAGGCAGAGCAGAGCGCGGGGAGCGUGGGGGCGGAGCCAAAGGCGGCGUGUGGGUCUGUCGGGACGGGUAGGGGGGAGCGGGCAGGGACGAGCGCAGCAGCGAGUGGCGCGUGGCAGCAGCAGGCGGCGGGAGCGUGCAGUGACUCGCAGUGCUCCGCGCUGCUCGCGUCCUCCUCUUCCUCCAGGCCGCAUGCUGCCUCCCCCUCGCUCUCCCUCUCCCCCGCUCCCACCCCUCGCCCCCGCGCAGCAGCCCAUGGCCCCACCGUCCCUCCGCCCACUGCGGGGCAAGCGGGGAGGGACAAAGCCGUGCCGCACGCGCCCCUUCCCGCUGCCUCCGCGCCACGCCCUUGUACCCCCCGCUCCCCCUCCGCCCUUCCCACUGGCUCCUCCGCUCCCCCCUCGCUAUCCCCCUCGUCGUCCUCCCUUCCCCCCCCAUCGUCCCCCUCCCCUCUCAAGCCUCCCAUGCCGGGAGUGUGGGUGCUUCCGCACCUACCCCCGCCCAGCCCAGUGGCGCACACUGACAGCGCAGCGGGCGGGGGCAAGGGGGAAAGCGAGGGGAAGGUCGGGGCAGGGCAGGCUGGCAGAAUGGGUGGAGAGCGGAUGGGGAGCGGGGGAGAGCGGAUGGGGAGCGGGGGAGAGCGGAUGAAGUGGGACGUGCGGCAGCUGUGGGCCAGACAGCAGCAGCGCUACCUGCUGCAACUGCAGCAGCAACAGCAGCAGGGACAGCAGGGACAGCAGGGACAGCAGCAGGGACAGCAGGGGCAGCAGCAGGGACAGCAGGGACAGCAGCAGGGACAGCAGGGGCAGCAGGGGCAGGGGCAGCAACAGCAACAGGGACAGCAGGGGCAGCAGGUGCAGGGGGGGCAGCAGCAGCAGGAGGAGCAGCAACAGCAGCAGCAAAAACUGCACCAGCCACAGCACCAGGAACAGCAACGUGUGCAGGAAAAGCAGCAGCAGCAGCAACAGCAGCAGCAGCAACAAGAGCAGCAGCAACAACAAGAGCAGCAGAGGCAAGAGCAACAGGGGCAGAAAGAGCAGCAGGAGCAGCAAGAGAAGGGGCAGCUGUCUGGCGUGCAGAAGAGGCAGGGAAGGGCGGACGAGUGGCAGGGAGGGCAAGAGGGACAUAUGGGCAACGGGGAGGGGCGGAUAAGCAGAGGGGCAGGUGGUGGAACAGAGGGCGUGGAGCAGCAGGGGGGCGGGCAGAGGGUCGUAUCUUCCCCGCGAGUGGCUGAAGGCACAGCGGCAGCAGCAAACUCAACAGCAGCAGGUGCAGCAGCAGCAGAAGCAGCAGAAGCAGCAAGGCGAGAUGGGAGGGAUGGAGCAGCGGGUGAGGAUGAGGCGCGCUGCACCGCGGCAACGGCAGCAGAAGUGUGUGCGGCUGCUUCGCCAGGCGGAUCUGUGAGGGGGGCAUUCGAGAGCCCAGAUUUGCCUGCUCCUGGUGGGUCUGUGGGCGGUGCUGACGAGGCUGUGGGCGGUGCUGACAUGCCUGUUGAUGGUGCUGACGAGGCUGUAGGCAGUGCUGACGCAGCAGAGCGGCGAUCGCUGGCAAGACCGAAGGAGGAGAUUCUGGAGGCUCAGGAGCGGAGUGGGGUAGGGGAGGGGGAGGGCGAGGGCAUGUCAUGUGGGCUGGCAGAGGCACAUGAGGCGGCUGCUGCUGCUGCUGCUGCUACUGCUGCUGGUGGUGCUGGUGGGACGUUGCAAGGCAGCAGUGAGGAGAGGGGAGCAGCAGCAGACGCAGGGGAGGAGAGCGAGGCGAGUGGCAUGAGUGAGGGCAGUGAGGCGGCACACUGUGGCGAGGCGGGCACGGCCCACGCCAUCCAGGGGCAUGAGGAGGGGCGUGCGGUGGGGGGUGAAGGCGCGUGUGCUGCUGCAGGGGAGGGUGGUGCGAGUGGCGCGGUGCAUGGGGCGCAGGGGGGCGAGGGGGCGGGCGAGGGCAUGGAGGCGGCCAUUCUGCACGAGCUGGAGAGCACCGUCGCCAAGCUGGCAGCGAGCAGCCGGAGGUUCAUCCACGAGGCGCUGCUGCGGCUGGCACAGAGCGCCAAGGGGCGCAGCACAGUGGGGGCAGGCGCCGCUGGCACCCACAGCAGCAGCGCCACAGGGGGCUUGAGGCCGUCCGCUGGGGGCGAUGCAGGGCAGGGCGAGCAGGCAGCAGCAAUGACUGACACAGAGACAGAGACAGUGACAGCGACAGUGACAGCAACAGCGACAGCGACAGCGACAGCGACAGGGGGAGGGAUGGGUACAGGGGUGGGGGCGGGGACAGGAUCGUCGGGGAUGAGUAGUGACGAGGGGCGGAGUCACUCGGAAGCAGGGACUGGUGGUGCUGGUAUGGCGGCAGCAUCGGCAUCAGAGGGGGCAGGUGUGGCGCGUGGGGAGGAGAGUGGGACGAACCACAUCGACCGUGCCAUCGCCAACCUGCUCUUCCGCUCGCCCCUCCUCUUCGGCCCCUCCCGCCCCCCCGCCUCUGCUGCACUGCCGCUUCCUGCUGCACCUGCAGCGCCCCCUGGGCAUGGCGCUUCACACCACUACCCCCUGCCUGCUGCCAUCUCCCCCGUGCCGCAUGUGAGCCCCCUGCAUGCCCUGCCCUCUGCCUCCAGCCUCGCCCCCACCGCCUGCCCGCCCUCCGCCCAUGCAGCUGCUGCUGCCACUUCCACUUCCUCUGCCUCCUCCACCGCCUCUGCUGCCGCCGUUGCCACCGCUGCUUCAGUGCACAGCACCCCCCACGGGGCAGCACCAGGUGUUCUGCCGGUGCCCAUGCCCAUGCCCAUGCAUGCAGUCCCACGCGCCCACCCAUCUGCCCCUGCCACUGCACCAAUGCAUCUCGCUUCCACUCCUCUGCACCACUCUGCUGCGCCGCUCUCAGCAGGGCCACAGCAGCAGCGCUCCACCAGCCCAUAUCUGCAGCACCACGCACCCACCGCUGCUGCCCCACCGUUUCUCCGGCACCCGGCGCCUUCCGUCACCCCGCCACCCCACAUGCACCCGUGGAUGGCAUGGCAUGCACCCCCGUGGGGCACUGCAAUGGCAGGCGUCCCCUCCAACCCCUCAGCUGCUGUCGCCCUCAUUUCCGAGUCGCAACACGCGGUUGACUCGCUCGCCGCGGAUCACAUGAUUGCCACGUCAUCAUCGAGUCAAUUCUUCCUCGCCUCGCUGCCCGACUUAUCAACCAUUUUCAACAUUUUUCCCAAUAUCGACUUCGAAUCAGCAAUGGACACGUGGCAAGACGUUGCGUUCGCUCUCCAAGACAGCGUGGACGAGUUUCUCUACCUCGCAAGCCACCUGGCGGAGUCGCACGACCUUGCUGCCUUGUCGCCCGCGACUCUCGCGAUCAUCUACGUCGCAGGGCUGCUCACGAGCUUCGCGCCGUGCACGCUCAGCCUGCUGCCGCUCACCGUCGGCUUCAUCGCCGGAUUCGACUCCCCCCCGCCCGCCCCCUCGCCGCCCCAAUCCGCAUCCGCCUCCCCCUCCUCUCCCCCGCCUUGUUGCUGCUCCGCCGACGACUCCCCCCCACCACUCCCCGACGCGCCGUCCGCGCGCGCCGCCAGCGUGCCGGUCAACUGCUUUUUCUUCACGCUCGGCCUCGCCGCCACGCGCACCGCCAUGGGCGUCGCCGCCGCUCUCGCUGGCCAACACGCCGUGGGCGACGUGGGCAGCGCGCUGCCGGCCGCCGUGUCGCUGGUGGCCAUGCUGGCGGGGCUGCACCUGCUCGGCCUGCUGCCCGUUCGCCUGCCCGCGCCUGUGGCGGCGCGGUUCAGCCCCGCGGCGGUGGGCGGGAGGGUGCCCGUGGCGCUGCAGAUGGCGGCGGGCGGAGCGGCCUUCGCGUUCGUGGCGGCGCCCUGCUGCACGCCCGUGCUCGCCUCGCUGCUCGCGUUCGUCGCGUCCACCAGGGACGCAGCAACGGGUGGCGCACUGCUGCUGAGCUACACGAUGGGCUUCGCCACGCCGCUGCUGCUGGCCGCCUCGUGCACGGGCGCGCUCAAACAGAUCUCAGCCGUCCGUCGGUACUCAGGGUGGAUCAACCCUGCCAGUGGCGCCCUGCUGCUGGGUGGAGGGGCGUACGUCUUUGUGGGGAAGGUGCUGCCCCACGCGGCCGUCAUGUCAACCAUCAUGUGA